AUGGAGCAAGCUAGAGGGAAUGAAGAAGACAAUUAUCGGUUUCUAUCGACAUACUUGCACCUACUGAAGUCAACGAACCCAGGGACGUUGACUGCAAUGCACAAUACGGUGGACAAAAAAGGGAACGCAUUGUUCAAGUACCUGUUUUUUGCUUUCGGUGCUUGCAUAGCUGGUUAUCAAUAUUUGAGGAAAGUGAUUGUAAUUGAUGGCACCGCAAUGAAAUGGAAGUAUAAAGGUUGCUUGAUUGCAACGAGUGGACAAGAUGAAAAUAUGCAAAUUUUCCCCUUGGCAUUUGGAGUUGUUGAUGGGGAAAAUGAAGGAGGAUGGGUUUGGUUCUUUGAAAAUCUGAAAAAAAUUUGCCUACGUAGAGUGUAUCCUUUUGCGCAGCAUUGGGCAUGUUCUGUUCAUUUAUUUAGAAAUGUGAAGCACAACUUUCAUUGCGAAGGUUUGGCUACAGUGGUUUCCAAAGCUGCAAGGGCAUAUACAGUUGGCGAUUUCCGUUAUUGGUGGAGAGAAAUAGAGAACCGUGGACCCGCGUGUGCUAUGUAUCUUACAGAAAUUGGACUACCACACUGGACACAUUCUCACUUCCCCGGAGAUUGUUACAAUAUAAUGAGUAGCAACAUUUCUGGGUCGCUGAAUGCAGCAAUGCAAACUACUGUUGAUUACCUGAUCGUGUCGAUGGUUGAGUUCAUACGAGCAAUGUUGAUGAGGUGA